GUUGUGGCUAGGGUCUCGGUGCUAUAUGCGCGGAGUAGGGUCCUGAGCUUUACAUCCAGGGUUCCGUGGAAUGCUACAUAAACACAUCUCAGUGUGCAGCCAUUAACUAAUCACAUUAUAAGUCGCCAUGAAUCUACUGUAACCCUUUUGACCUCAAGAAGCCUAAAUAUCCAUUGGCAUCAUUAGCCAAUCACGUUAAUACACGCAGAAUGACCCGACAAAUGUUCUCACCUAGUGAUUUCAACACUUUUACCGCUAACUAUUACCGCCCACUGGGAAACUUAAUCGUGGACUGUGGAACAAAGUAAACCAUUCACUCUUUGCAAAGCAAUUCCUUUAACCAUUUUUCAAUCAAACACGUAGAAAAGGCAUGUUUGCUUGAAAAACAGAGUGAAAAUCGAGUCAGAGACACUUGCUUGUGAAACAUCAAUGUAUAUAGAGAAUACAUUGUUCCAGGCUUUCUAUCAUGUCAUACGAAACAGAAGACCCAUCUAUGGCUUGUGAUUCUUCGUUACAUUCCGUUUUUCCCAGGAAACAUACUGGUCAGACUGAGUUGGCCGAUGCUGAUGAUCAGUAUUCCAAACCUUCACAGAGUGUCCAUGAUGUAAAGACUGUGCAAACCCCAGCAGGACCAAGUGAAACCGUCCCAGAGAUUGAGAUAAAGCUGGAAUCUAGUGACGAUGAAGAUGGGAAGAAUGAAGCUUGUUCCUUUACUCAACCAGGAGCCAGCGCAAGAAGCCUUGUCUCAUAUCCCAAAAAAACUGUGAAUAUUCCAGAUUUUGGGAAGGGUGAAACUGUUGAUAAAGAUUUUAUAAGACCAUUACCUGAUGCUCACAGUCUCAGCCAUUUCCCAUUCCGACCCAUGAGGAAGAGAAAGUCCACAUCAGAAGUGUGGCAGUUUUUUUAUCGUGAUGCUAAUAACAUUUGCCGAGCAAUAUGUGGUAUUUGCAGAAUGAGUGUCAGCCGAGGGAAAUUAGGUGGGAACUUUGGGACAACGGCCCUUAAACGCCAUUUGGAAAACAAACACCCUAUGGAAUGGGCGCAACGAGAAUCAAUGAGACACCAGAGAGGAGAUGAAGAAGAAGAAGAGGAACCUUUUGAGGAGGAAGAAGAAAAGGAUGAACCCUAUGAAAAGACAUUCAAUGAACAUGCUACCUUGUACAGCUCCCAAGAAACCUCUGAAAAUAGCAGAAUGACAUGCAGAACAUAUGAGAUCAUUGAUUCCAGUGAUGAGGGAGAAGAUGACGAUAAAGUUGGGGGGGGAAUAAAUGGAGUGGAGAUUGAUGAGGAGAUUGAAAUAAAGAGGCUGAGGCUUCUCGCCAGGGAGGACAAUAUGAGAAUGAAUCAAUUUCGGGGUUCCACACUUGAUAUGAGAGUCACUGGUAAGCAAUCCAUAGGAAUGGUAAAUAUACAGCUCCCCAGUACAUCAUCUUCGGGUUAUUCCGGAAACUCAUCAGUACCUGCAGGCACCAAGAAAAGGAAAUCUACCUCUGCUGUGUGGCAGUUUUUCUACAUUGACCGCACAAACAUUUGCAGAGCAAUCUGUACUCUUUGCCAGUUAAGUGUCAGCCGUGGAAAACAAGGUGGACAUUUUGGAACAUCAGCAUUAAUGCGGCACCUCGAAGGAAAGCACACGUUAGAAUGGGCAAAAGGCAAGCUGAACAAGUCAAAAAGCAAUAAUAUAAUUGAGGUGGAAGAUGAGGAAGAGGAAGAAGCAGAGGAACAGCUGGAUUCAGUUUUUACUCAUCAACAGGUACCUUUUGGUCAUUUAAGUUCAUCAGGUUUCUCUGAAUAUUCUGAAGUGUCCACUAGUUUGGCCACAGCCAUGCCCUUGGAGUACGAUAAUGGAUUAGUAAAAAGAAGGAGUGAGAUAAGUAGAGACUGUGCCGUGGGUACAUUAUCCUCAGUACAAUAUCAGCACAUUCCUGCCAUGACAAAGGAUGUCAGUGCUAAUGGAAAAUAUGCCCCAAAUCACCCAAAAGCCCAGUCAUGGAACAAGAACAUUACAGAGUUGAUGUGUGGCCUAGCGCUUCCAUAUUCAUUCAUCAACUCCAAAGCAUUCUUGAUGUUUAUGCAAAGAGCAGAUCCUCUUUACUCUUUGCCGAAGAAAUCGUUUUUCUCGGGUAGGGCUGUGCCCCAGUUGUAUGAAGCUGUGUGUGAGCAGGUGGCUGGUGAAUUAAAGAGGUCCGAAUGUGCGCAGGUCCACAUAACUGCACACAUGUGGAACACUGACCUCCCUAUGAAUUUUUUGGCUCUAACAGCACAUUGGGUCAUGUUCACCUCAGAGACUCAGUCAUCCAGUACAAGGAAGUACGCUGUGCUCUGUGUCAAACGAUUUCCCAAACAAUUCAAUGAAAGCAAAAUCCAACAAGAACUCAUUCAUCAGGUUAACCUUUGGCUUUCUCCCAGUGCCCUGAAACCUGGUUUCUUCAUCUGCAGUGGGGACUUCAAUCUUGUCCACGCCAUUAAAGGUGCUAACUAUAGCUAUAUACCUAGCUUUACUCAUUCCCUCAGUAUACUCGUUAUGGAUUUUCUGCAGAAUAACCACUUUAUAAGCAGCAUGCUGGUUGCAGCCAGGAAACUUUGCAGCCAUUUUAUUCACUCUUCCCGAGCAGACAAGAUCCUGAGUGAGCUUCAGUAUCAGUAUAGCUUGCCCAAACACUCAUUGAAACUGGAGACUGUUCCUCAUUGGACAUCUACAUUCUACAUGCUACAGAGACUUCUAGAGCAACAAAGAGCUGUCCAGGAGUAUUUGGCAACAUACAAGUUAGAAUCAGGUGACCUCUUCCUUACUUCUAGCCACUGGAAUCUUAUGGGCUCCUUGGUGUAUCUUUUGCAACCCUUUGAGAUGGCAACACGAGAGGUUAACGCAAGUGAUUGUUCUCUUAGUCAGGUCCUCCCAGAAGUUCGGUAUCUUCACAUAUUCCUUAGACAGAUCAGAGGACAUUUUGAGGGCAAAGGCGAUGCUAAUGGUGUUGUCCUGGCAGAUAGUUUUGCUUUAAAACUUUCCAGAGACUAUGGUGUAAAUGAAAUGUUCCAAAUGGAAGAAUAUGUUUUAUCCACCUUGCUAGAUCCAAGGUUUAAAGGACGGAUAGAGGCCAUACUCCCACCGGGGUCAGAUAUUGACCACUGGAAGCAGGUGCUUGUAAAGAAAGUAAAAGAAGUCAUGAUAUCUUCUGCCUCAUUUUACCCGCCCUCUCGGUAUUCCAAAAGAGCUGCUGUUCCUUUUAAAAGGGAUUCUGAUUGCGACUCUGAGCUUCUAAUGGAAAAGCAUUACAACCUAGAAGAAAAUAUUAACACUGUGUCAACUUGGGGAAGUAUGGCAGAACCUCCUUUAAUUCAGAAAGAUAAAUCACUGAUAGAGCAUUUAGAGAGUGUUGGGCUUAUGGCUUCUGAGAGUACUGGAGCGUCCUUGUCAACUGAGAGCCACUCAGCAUGUGUCAUGGUGGAAAAAUAUCUCCAGGAUAACAAGACAAUUGGAGCCAAGGAGGACCCGUUGGGCUACUGGGAAAAGAGAAAGUGGCUGUGGCCAGCUCUGACCAAGCUUGCCAUAAUGUAUCUGACUUGCCCACCUUCAAGUAUUUUUGCAGAGCGUGUCUUUAAGUCUCCUCGUGGCUUUGUAGACACACAGUGUUCUUUAGAAGUUGUGGAAGGGAUAGAGCAUAUUUAUUUUCUGAAAGCUAAUCUGGAAAACUUCCCUCACUAUACUCCACCACCUCUAAUCUCCUCAUCAGACAACGAGAUGGAGCAAAGCGAUAACGAAGAUGGGUUUUAGAAGGACAAUCCAAGACUACAUUCUUUGUAUUUUGGUGAAUCCAUGCUCACAUUUGGAAGAAGACACUACAAAAGCAUAACUUCCUAAUACAUGCAUUUACUAAAAGUCAGUGAUUGUGUACCCCUCUUAAUAGAAAUUAACUUGACACCAGGGAUUUCUUAAAGAAGUGAUAUUAUAAGUUGGGUUUUACCACAAUUGUUAAUGCAUUAUGUAAGUAAUGCAUUAAAUAAGUAGUUUGUAAUAAGUGUAAAAAUAAAUAUAAAUAU